AGUAAAUGUUGAACUUCUAGGCAACAUAAUGCGUUCAUCACAAUUUUAGGUGGUCCAGCUGGGAAGGGCCCGACGGCCAACCGAACCCCAUGUGUUACCACACUAUGCAACUGAACAGUCGCUAAGUCCAUAUUUCAAUAGACGCCUGAGCGCCGGCACCGUUUCAGCACGCGACGCGCAGCAAAGGUGGAAAAUGAAGGCCCGGAGCACAGGCAGCGGCGGCUUCCGCGCCACUUACUAUACCGAUGAUGACUUUAUGUAUGAUGAUGACAUGGACUAUGUGCCGCCGGCUCGCAAAAAGCCCAUGGCCUUUGGCGGAGGCGGGAAGGAGCGGCCCGGAGCUCCUAAACGUCCAGCUCCUGCCCAGUCGCCCCCUCCCGGCGCGGGUGGCCAGUCUACGAGCCCGGGGAAAGCUGUUCGAUCGCGGCCUACAAACAACCAACUGCUGUACAAGGCCUACUUUCGCUGGGCUCACUAUCCUCACAAGCUAAAGAAUGCAAAUCUACCAGUGGAAACCGACGCGUGCGCUAGCGUAACAGCGGCUUUCCUGCAGGUCCUCCAGAUCAUGCAAACCGCUGAGCAAUUGCGGCACGGAAGCAAUAAACGAAAUGUCUUACAGAUAUUGUCGAGCAACACAAGGCGGACGAAAGUGGUGGAGCUGUCGUCCGGUACUCACAGGGUCCCCGAUGAGCUCAAAAAGCACUACCUGUCAGACGGUGAAGGAGGGCAGUACAGCACAAACCUUGACCGUAACCGCUAUGGCAACGACGAUAACUACCUCUUCACAGUCAUCCGGUACGAUCUGGAGUUCCUGGGGUUGUGUCCGUGCAUGGUGGACGUGGAGAUCAUCGACGCAAAGCAGGGCAACUCCUCCAUCAUCGUGUCUGCGGGCACGGAGGUGUGCACCUGUCAGGGCGGCCCGCCGCCCGAGGCGGACGGCCCCGUGGCGCCGGUGCCCCUGCCGGCCGUCGCGGUGCCCCUGCCGGCAGCGCCCCCCAUGCAGCCGGCGCACCACCCGCAUCACCAGCAUGCGCACGCGCACCCGCAUCCGCACCACCACGCCGGUGGCACCAUGGCGGCCGUUGGAGGGCCCCUUGGUCUGCCCGCCCACCAGCACCACCAGCAUCAGCACCAGGUGGCGGCACCCACCCUCAGCGGGGGCGGGGGGAUGGGCGGCCGCGGAGCAGCUGCUGCUGCUGCGGUGGUGAAGGCGGAAUACGGUAACGCUGGUAGCUCGCAUGGACUCGGUCCUGUCGGGGGCGCUGCUGCCGGGUACGGCAGUGGUGGGCCCCCAGAUAUUGGGCCUGUGCCGUCCAUUUACGGCGGCGGGGGUUAUCGUGGAAGCAUGGGCGGCGGAGGACUUGGCGGACCCAUGGGUCGCGAGAGCCCCAAGCGCAGCGGCACCAGCGUCAGCCAGCUCUUUGACGCGCUUGUCAUGGCAGCGACAGGCGGUGCGGAAGGUGCUGCUGUGGCGGACGGGUUGGGCGAUGAGCCGCCCGUCACAAGCCCCGCCCACGCUGACCGGCCGGACCGCGGAGCAGGUGGUCCCAGCUUUGGCGGUGGCGGGGGCGGGGGCGCGACGGGCCCUCGCAAGCACGCUCCGCCGGGUCGCAACAAGUCCAAGUUGUGGUCGCUGAACAACCUGUCUUUCGGGGGCGAGGUGGACAGCUUGCAGAAUGCGUUGGAUGCGUUUAGGGAGCAGGAUGAGAUCGCCUCGGGCGACCCAGCUGUCUUCCUCAACACUGGUGGCGCCUCCGCUGGCGGUAUCGGCCCCGACGGCAGCGCGCAGCGGAGCGACUCGCUGCGUCAGCGGCGCCGCAAGCCGCUGCGCAACAGCUCCGUGCUGGGCCGGCCGGCCAGCAGCGGAGGGGUGGCGCCGCUGGGAGCCCGGCUGGGGCUAAACCUGCGGGAAAAAUCGGAUGACAACCUGAAACUGGCGACUGAUGCGGAGCUGGGCGCCGCGUUGGGUGGUGGCAUGGGCCUCAGCGGCAGCGGCUUGGGACCCAUGGGCGGUGGCUUCCACCACCACCAUCAUCACCAUGGGGGUUUGCCGCUGGGGGUGCUGCCGCCAGGAGCCACUCAGGUCAGCAGUCUGGCGUCUGGGGAGGACGACAACGACGGAGAGGCGGAGGCGGAUGAUGCGGCAGCGAGGGCCAAGGCGGCGGAGGAGCUAUGUGCGGAGGGAGAGGGCGAGGCGGGCGGCGAGGAGCUUGAGGAGGAUGAGGGGCUGGAGGAGGGGUGCGGCAUGGGAGGAGGGCGGCGUGGCGGCGGCGUGGGGCCGACUGCCAGUGGCACGUUGGCGCGGGGAGGCGGCGGAGGGCGGAGCCCGCUGCGGCACCACGUGCGUCACGUGCCACGGCAAUCCUCCGUCGCCAACCUGGGGCCGCGGGUGGCCAACAGCACCGGAGGCGGGGGCGGACACGCGGGGGGUGCGGGCGGGCUGGGGCUGCCGGCGCUGCUGGGGCCGGGUGGGUUGGGCGGCUCGGCGUCUGCUGCCAUCGCGGGCGAGCAGCUGCGGCGGAUAGCGAACGAGCUGGAGGUCAUGAGGCAAGAGAACCGGAGUCUGCGGCAGCAGCUGCAACGCGCCAACACUGGCGGGUCGAAUGGCGGCAGCGGUGGCGGCGGUCUGCCAGCCGCCCAACAGCCGGACAACAGCGAAUCAGCACGGCUGCGAAAGCUUGAGGCUGAGCUCUCCUCGCUGCGCAGCGAGAUGCACGGCCUGAGCGGCGCCAAGAAGUCCGCUGACGAGGAAAACAAGCAGCUCAAGCGCGACCUGCUCGCCUCGCAGCAGCAGGUGGCUGCGCUGCUGAAUCGCCUGCUGGGCACCUCGACGGGCGGAGCAGCAGGCGGGGUGGGGGUGGCGCAGCAGGCCCCGCAGCAGCAGCAGCAGCUGGGCAGCGUUGCUGGCGCCUUCGAUCCGAGCUCCUUUGCAGCGCACUUUGCGGCGAUGCGGCAAGCCGCGCCGCCGCAGCAGCAACAGGGCGGCCUGGAUGAUACGGAGUGUCGACCUGCAAGCGCGCCACCGGGGCUAGGGGACGCGGCGACGACGGUGGCCAACGGUGGCAUCGCAGCAUUCGGCAUUGGCUCGGACGAGGACGCCGGAGCGCUAGACCCCUCGAGCGGCCAGCACCACUUGCAUGCACAGCAGGGCAGGAAGCGCUCGGCUGAAGACGCAGGGCUUGCCGCUGGUAUGGGAACAGGACCCAUGGCGGACGCCGCUGUGGCUGCAGCAGUAGCCGGGGAGCCGCAUCAUCACCAUCAGCAACAACUUCUGAGCCACCAGCAGCACCAGCCAGAACAAGAGCAGCACGGAGGAGGACUUGUUUCCAUGCCCUCCUUCUCGCCGGCUAUCUUGCCCACUCAAGCGCAGCAACAACAGCAGCACCCGCUGCAUCCGCAGCCCGCUGAUUCGGGAACCAUCGCCACUCCCGCUGACAGCACCUGCUUCUCCGACGUAGCACAGCUUCUGGCUUUGCCUAAUCUGGAUGCAGGCUUCCACGGCGCAGAGCUGGGUGGGCCUUAUGCGGGGAUGGGGGGUAGCGGUGGCGGUGCGGGCGGCAGCACCGCUGUGGCGGCUGCUGCCACCAUGGGGCAGCACCACUUGCAUGGCGGUUUGGCGGCGUCUUCGGGGCUUCCUAUUCCGGGUUCGGGCUCAGGAUCAGGCUCCGGAACCGCGUCCGUGCCGCAGAUGCCCCAGCUUGACCAGCAUCACCACCUACUAAUGCCGGCGUACAUGGGUCAACAACAGCGAUAACAAAUACAUGUUGCGCCGUGCAUUACGAAAAUCAGUAGUACAAAGUAUGUUGAGGAGUCUCGCCUAGUUGGACGUUGACAUUGUGAGAGUUGAUGACGGUUGGUGACGGUUGUUGUGGUACGUCACGUGCAUUAUUACCUUGGAGAGCAAAAUACACACGAUUGUUGUUCGAGAGCGGUGCCGAGUGAAGCGUCUCGGCCCGCCUGUUGUGUCCGUACCGUACCUAGCUGGAGGCCGUUGGGGUUUGUCCUGUUUCCUAUGUGCCCGGCCGAACUGGUCGACAGUAUAUGCUGUUGUUAAGGGCAAGGGAAGUUUUGGCACGCGGCAAAUGGUCUGUUCCGGUGUGAGGGCUGGCCGCUGCUUGCGCCACAGCCCCAAUGCUGGUGAGGCACAAUGGCACAGUGCGUUGGUGAAUGUUUUUUAGGGUGUCGCUCUGGCCGCUCUGGCUCAUUGCUGAUGCGGGGCAAACAUCGGAAAAGGGGUGUUAGUACUCCGUCGUUAUUGGACGGAUUUUUGCUUGGUGUCCGUUGGUAAGCGUUUUCACGAUGGGAAGUUCCAAGCGGUCUUUUCUUGGAGCAGUGACGAGCGUGAGCAGUACGGCGUUUUGCUAGCGGGCUUUGGUGGGACAAAGCGGUCGCGGGGUUACGGCGCUCGACCGCAAGUUCAGGCCUCCCUUCGGUCGUCGUCGGCCCUGACGCUGUAUACUUCUUGCUGUAAUGCCGAUGAUGGCUCAUGCAUUUGCGGCAUGGUUGCCGGGCAAGUUUUCUACAGAGCUUGCUCACUGUCUUGCCCAGUCCUCCUCAAAGCUGUCCAUUUAACCCAAGUACACAGGUUGUGGUUGCCCACGCUUUACCGGCGUUGGUGGAAUGCAGCCGACUGUCUUUAGGGCUCGCAUUUUUAUAGCAUACGGUGGUUUACGACUCGUGAGCUUAUGCGUCGUUGUCAAUAACAUGGUGCUGCUUUUCAGUCGCGGAGGGUGAGACCCCUCACCAGGACCUUGUUACUACGUUUGCUUACGUGGGCUUGGACGUCCAGGGCUAUGGUGCCGGCUGACGGCGUGUCCGCAUGAACAUACCUGACUUUGUGCUUGCCAGCUUUCUAAAAGUGCAUGCUGGCGGUUGGACGUGGUUGCCACGACACUCGAUAAUCUGAGGUGGUACACUUGGAACAUGUGCUGCCCCUGGUUUGAAGGCUGAUACGCUCUAUGUGCGGAUCUUGGUUCAAUGGUUUCCAUAGUUAACUUGACUGUCCUGUUCGACUUUUGAUGGUGAAGCUGACUUUGCUGUACUGUUAAUGCUUUCCAUAUCUGUGGAUGUAAUUUUGAUGAACCCUUGCAGUGAGCUGGAAGAUGAUAGCAGCAUUCUCUCU